ACAUUUUUGUAGCUCAAGGGCGAUUUGACUGGUGAUCCCAUAUAUACCACCUUGAUUCAUUGCCAUCGACGUCCGGACUCUAGACUUGCUCACGAUGGCUUCUCGAGCAGCUUCCUCCCUCUCUCGACUCUCUCUUCGAUCCACUAGUUCCUCUUCGUCCCCCGCUUCCACUUCUCUCCUCCAUCUUCCCCAAUCGGCCAAAUUAUCAACAUCUACUUCCUCAAAACUCAUCAGUCGGAAUGCAUUGGCGUCGACACCAUUGGCCAGGGUCAGCAGGGCAGCUCCAAAGUACUUGGUAGGACAAGGUCAAAGGGCUGCAUCGUCAGAGCAAGGCGGUGGUACAAUGACUGUUCGAGAAGCCUUGAACGCCGCUAUGGAGGAAGAAAUGUUGCGAGAUGAGACUGUUUUCAUCCUUGGAGAAGAGGUUGCCCGGUACAACGGUGCUUACAAGGUCACCAAGGGAUUGCUAGACAAAUUCGGAGAGGAUCGAGUAAUUGACACCCCCAUCACCGAAGCUGGUUUCGCAGGUAUCGCGGUCGGAGCCGCUUUGGCCGGUCUCAGACCAGUCUGCGAGUUCAUGACUUGGAACUUUGCCAUGCAGGCCAUUGACCAAAUUGUCAACUCUGGUGGAAAAACCUACUACAUGUCUGGAGGAAAUGUCCCUUGCCCUGUCGUCUUCCGAGGACCUAACGGAGCCGCUGCUGGUGUCGCCGCUCAACACUCACAAGACUACUGCGCUUGGUACGGCAGUGUUCCUGGACUCAAGGUCGUCAGUCCAUGGAGCGCUUCAGACUGCAAGGGAUUGUUGAAGAGUGCCAUCAGGGAUCCCAACCCAGUCUGUGUCCUUGAAAACGAACUCAUGUACGGAGUCUCCUUCCCCAUGACCAAGGAGGAAAUGUCGGACGACUUUUUGAUCCCGAUCGGCAAGGCCAAGGUCGAAAAGGAGGGAACAGACGUCACCGUCGUCGCUCACUCCAAGAUGGUCACUCACGCUUUGGAAGCUGCUGAGAAGCUGGAGCAAGAGGAGGGAAUCAAGGCGGAAGUUAUCAACCUGAGAUCCAUCCGACCACUUGACAUUGAGACCAUCGUCUCUUCCAUCAAAAAGACCAAUCACUUGGUCACUGUUGAAGGAGGUUUCCCAGCUUUCGGUGUCGGAUCUGAGAUCCUCGCUCAAGUUUGCGAAUCUCCCGCCUUCGAUUACCUUGAUGCUCCCCCUGAGCGAAUCACCGGAGCCGAUGUGCCUACUCCCUACGCUCUCACUCUCGAGUCCUUGGCUUUCCCUGACACUCCAUUGAUUGCCAAGGUCCUCAAGAGACAUCUUUACCGUCAAUAAGCGAUGGCUGCUGAUAUAGAUACAAUUUCGUUUCUCAUGUAGAGCUCUGGUCAUAGGGGGCGCGCGCAGUGCUACGGGGGUUCUCUCAACAUUGGAUGCAUCCGAUUCCUAGGCA